AUGACUUUCAACGUCUUCUUUGCCGGCCUCCUCGCAGCCACUGCUGCCGCCCUUCCCCAGCCCAUUGCUCGUUCCGAAGGCUCCGCCCUCGAGACUCGCGGCGAUGGCGGCGGUAUCCAAAUCGUCAACAACAUGGACACCGACGUCUACCUGUGGACCACCUCGUCCGGCAGCAGCAGCAUGAAGACUCUCAGCUCUGGCGGUGGUGACUACAGUGAGGACUGGGACACCAACUCCAACGGUGGUGGCAUCUCCAUCAAGAUGUCCACCACCCAGGACGAGUCCAGCGUUCUGCAGUUCGAAUACACCCAGAACGGAGACACUUUGUUCUGGGACAUGUCAUCCAUUGAUCUCGACUCCAGCUCCGAUUUCAUCAAGUCUGGCUUCACCGCUCAGCCCAGUGACUCGAGCUGCCGAUCCUCCACCUGUGCCGCUGGCGACGCAGACUGCUCCGAGGCUUACCAGAAGCCUGAUGACGUGAACACCUACUCUUGCUCUCUGAGCUCCGGUUUCACUCUCACUCUGGGUUAA